UCUGAACGUGUUGAGUUCAGCAUCAAGUCCAGAAGGCUGUAAAGUGCCUAGUCUGAAGAUGAGAUGUUGUCCUCCCAGUUUGCGCUGGGAUUCACUAGAACACCUGCUCCUUUUUUUAAAACUGUGCCCCUGAUUUCUGAAUAAAAGCCAAAAAAUUGUGGAUGCUGUCAAUCAGAAGUUGCUAGAAAAGCAAGUUUGGUAGCAUCAGUGCAGAGAAAUCAGAGUUAAUGUGUCGGGUCGAGUGACUGGGGUUCUAAGCUGAAAUGUUAACUCUUGAUUUCUCUCACAAAUGUUGCCAGACCUGCUGAGCUGUUCUAGCAACUUCUAUUUUUGCCCCUGAUUACUGACAGGGGGGUCCUCCUUGCCUGCACCUAUCUGUUGUGGGAAAGACAGUUUACAGUUAUAGACAGAGUAACUGAGCUCUCAUAGAUAGGUGUUUGUGAAGAGUAGAUCAUAUUACUACUGUAAUUAGUUACAAUACAAGAGGAGAUUCCGUUAUUCCACAAUGUCAAUCAGUCCACACAAGGAAGAGGUUUCUUACAGUGAGAGAGGGUGAAGUAGACCCCGGGGCAUCACGUCAGUUUGUUAGAAUGGAGUUUGCUCCAGUUCAUUAAUUUUGAAUCUCACUCAGUUUGUAUGAAAUGGUCUUUCUGAAAGUAAUUACAUUUUUAAUGUAACAACACAAAAACGUAUUUAUUCUAUAUUACAUAUUGUUUUACCCAACAGUCAUUUUUAAAAUGAGAAAUUAUACAGAUAAUUAUUAUAAUUAUAAGAAGGCUGCACCAAAAUAAAGACACAUUUGGCAGCAGGAUAUAAAAGACCAGCUGAGCUGAGUGGGCGGGAUUCGAACCGCCUUGGCUCCGCGGCCGGGCCUCGCUCCUCGAGUAGCAGCAGCCGCCAGCAUGUGUUCCACGGCUAGGCCAGGGCCGGUCUUACUGGGACUUCGGGACGAAGUGAUCGGGGCAGGGAGCCGCUGUUCCUGGGAGACCAGCAAAGUGGGCGGGAGACCGGACUGUGUCCCUGGCAUUACCAUGCAGUAUCCUCACUGUCCACGUUGCAGUGAUCCCCUUAUUCACAUUGUCCAGGUGUAUUGUCCCCUGGAGGGCUCGGCCUACCACCGGACCAUCAAUGUAUUGGCUUGUCUCCGACCGGAGUGCUGUGGGCGAUCAGACAGCUGGAAGGUGCUGCGCUCCGAAUGCCUAGAGACCCCUCUCAAUCAGGAAACUACAGCAAAGAAGAUGGUCCCUGUUCCUGUGACUGUGAAGGAUUGGUGUCCCGAGGCUGAUGACUGGGGAAUGGAGGAACCCUGGGGGUCCAGCACUGAGGGAGUAGUGCAGACCCCAGCCCCCGACUCCGAACGAGAGGUGAUGGAGCAGACAUCCCGACUGGAGGCCCUCCUGCUGGAGGGAGCAGAGGGCCAGGGGCUGGUCUCUCAAAGCACAGUGCCAGAAUUCCAGCCGUUCUAUAUCAGCGUGAUGGAGGAGGAAGAUUCCCAUUCCCAAAGCAGCUUCAAGCAUGAGCAGGAGCUACUAGCAGAGUACCAGAGGAGGGAGGGGGUGUGUGUGGAGCAGCUGCCUCUCUCCAGCUGUGACGGUGAAGGAGCUCCAGAAACAUAUGAGAAGAGUCAAGUUCAACACAGAGACAGAACGUUCAACAAAUUCAUGAAACGCAUUUCCAGCUGCCCUCAUCAGAUUUUAAGGUAUUGCUGGAAUGGGAGCCCAUUACUGCUGUCCCCACUGGGAAUGGAGUCAGCAGCCUCUGUGUGUGAGCUCUGUACCAGUCCCAGGGUGUUUGAGUUCCAGCUGAUGCCUGCUCUGGUUAACAUGUUGAAAGGUUCAAGCAGCCAAGAACAGAGUGUGGAGUUUGGGACGGUGUUAAUCUACACGUGUCAGAGGAGUUGCUGGAGUCCCACUAACCAGACACCAGUAGAGGAAAGUGCUUUUGUGCAGGCAGAUCCGGACCAGCACUUCUUCAAUAGACAUUAAUCAUUAGUGAUUUUGUUCGAAAUAAAAGCAGUGUUUGAUCUGAAA